CUAUACAUAGCAUAUAUGGUGGAUGUAAAAUCGUUUAAAUAUAGUACUAUUAAGAAUUAUCUUAAUAUCGUGAAACAUUUAUAUUUUGCAAAUGACUUUGAUGACCCUAUUCAUGGUGUAUGGUUGAUCCAGCAGACACUGAAGGGAGCAAAACGUGAACUUGGGGAUGCCCAAGAGGCAGCUACACCAAUCCAGUCUUGUCACCUUUUACUUAUUAGGAGUGCGUUAUAUUUAGACCUCAAAGAGGACUUAUCUUUUUGGGCGGCAUGCCUGAUAGCAUUUUUUGGACUUUUGCGCCCUGGAAACUUCUUAUCUCAGGGACCAAUCUGCGUACCGGACCGCGACUUGUGUAUCCAAAACAUAAGCCCGCACGCCAAAGGCUUCUUGUUAUUCCUGAAUUGGACGAAAACUUUGCAGUUUCGUGAGCACCAACUUCAAGUCACCCUCCCGGAUCUGCACGGUCAUCCACUGUGCCCUGCCAGCGCCCUGCGUAGCGUAUUUCGGUUGCUUUUCGCCAACCCUUUGACUUCAGACACAUCCCCUCUCCUUCAACGGACAGAUGGCAAACCCCUGUCUUACAGCUGGUUUUUGUCUCGACUGCGAAAAAUCGGUCCUUCUACUUUGUUCCAAUUGAUACAGAACCCUAAUUGUCUCAGUGUUUUGACCAAAACUUACCUGUAG